AUGGUGCCUAAACUCGAUGGUGACGUGGAGGAUGGUGGAACUGGGCUUCCAUCAUUUGGUGUUUAUAGUCAUGGGAGGUUUUUUGGGUUUUUACUUUUUAUGGAUCCAACCAUCUCAAAUGUGCAGAGUCAUUCUAAUGUGCCAGGUUCAAAAGAAAUGAUCAGACCUGAUAGAGUGUCAGGUAUUAUUCUGGAAACAGAUCUCCUUUGUCAGUGUAACCCUCACUCUUGGAACAGGAAACUCUCUCUCCGCAGUUACUUACGAUUGAAGAUUCAGCUGUACUGGGCAAAUCUCCUUUGGCAAAAGUUUCUUAAUCUUCUUUGGUUGGAUUCCAAGUAG